AUGAGGGUGAAGAAGAAGAAGAAUGCAUCUGAUGUGCAUGUCAAGAUGGAACUGAAGAGGAAUCCUGGCAGAGCUUCUCGUCCGGCUUCAGCUGCAAUCCGGGUGACUGACUUGAGUUGGCGAGGUAACCUAAAUCCCCGUCCGCUGAUUAAGGAUGGUGGAGAGCUACUUAUGGAUGAAUACCUUUCCCCCAGGAAACUGAAAGCUUUGACAGGGGUAGAUGAUCUGCAGCAAGUGAAGGCCCUAGAGAUGCGAGUAGAUACAAGAGAGAACAGCUUGGGGAACUUCGGUGCCUAUCUACCUAAUCUGAGAGAACUGAAGUUGAACAAUAGCUUGCUUGUAACUGUGAGGGAUCUUGGAACCACGUUGUCCCAUCUCCGUGUGCUGUGGAUGGCUCGUUGUGGGCUCUCAGAUUUAGACGGGAUCUCUUCCUGCAGCUCUCUAAAAGAGCUCUACAUAGCCUAUAACAACAUCUCAGACCUGAGCCAGCUGAGCUUGUUGGAUCACCUUGAGGUUUUGGACCUGGAAGGGAACAAUAUUGAGGACAUCAACCAGAUGCAGUACUUGGGACUUUGUUGCAAACUGAGGAGCCUGACGGUGGAGGGCAACCUUAUUUGUCUGAAGCCAAAUGUGGAAUCUGCAGAGGAACCAGGUUAUAAUUACAGAGCUGAAGUGAAGAAGCUCAUUCCCCACCUGGAGUAUUUGGAUGAAAUACCAACAAGCCAGACUGCUAUCCCUCCUUCCAAGAAGAUGAAUGAGGACUGGCUAAUCAUCAAGGAAUCCAUCAAGGAAGCUGGUUUAGCCAGAGACAUUUCAUGGUUAGGUCCAUGUCUUGGGGCUGUAGCAAAGCAGUCUGGAUCCAGCCCAAGACCUCCCCCAGCUUCCAGCCCUGUCACUGCUCGGUGGUCUGCAAGUGCAGGAAGAUGUAGCGAUGCCCCCCUGUUGUACGGUGGCUCUCUUCUUCCAGAUCCGAUGGUUGCUGAUGAUCUGUUUCCAGAAGAUGACUCCAGUGAUUUGACAUAUGGACUCAGCCAAGUUAUAUGUGGGAACCCCAUCAAGGCCCUUCGUGCAAGGAGGCAAAAGCUAGGUCCACCUGCAGUGAGCCCCUUGAAACUGUGCAGUCUGAAGAUGGAAAACCCUUACGUCUCUGUAGGAGGAGAAGAUCUGAGCCAGAAAGAUGUCUUUUCUGAACUGAGAGUAUGGAGAGAACAGCAUAAGCGGUGAGAGUGCCCGCAAACAGGUCAGCAAGACAAGGCUGACCGAGCAGUGAAGAUAACUGUUAGCGAUGAGGAAGAGGAUGAAGCCUGCAGCCUGGCUGACAGCAGUGAGGAAGAGUUGAGGGAGGCUUCUGAUGAGGACCUCAUUGAUUCUUCCUGCCACUCCUGUGUCUCACAGUCGUCUUCAGAUUCAUCACGUGCUCAGGAAGGCACAGCGUCCUCCAGCCUGAGCCGUUGUCUAAUUCCAUCUCCGCCGAAAAGCCCUUCGCCUGCCUCUCUAAGGGGUGUUCCAGCAAGACGCUGGAAAAUCAGGAACCACAGGGUAAGGUGCCUAAAAGUGCCCAGCCAAGAGGAGGACAGGCAGUGGACACAGCAGUGCCAGUCAAGGGCUAGGAAAGAAACUUCAGCCCAGCCUCUGGGCAAGGAACUUGCUCUCCUUAGCCUGCACAGCGCGCCAGCGGCACGUGAGCCUUCACCCUUCGGAUCUCGAGGAGAGCACCAGCCUGAUGGGAGCACUAGCAGGCAGAGACCUAUUUCAGGACCAGCAGCUGUUGGAUCAACAAGCAUCAGGCCUGUCAUGGACAGGAGUCCCCCAGGAGUGAUCAACCAUCACCUGCUAGUUCUUCGCUCAGCUACAAAAGCCUCAGAGAGGUUUGGACCAGCAAAUGCAGUUUGGCCCCCGACUGCUAGGGCCACGCUGCAGAAGUUGCCAGACAGACCUGCUGUCUCGACGUCUCAGAGCAAGAAUCCCCAGUCCUAG